AUGUUAGAUGACGAUGAUCCUGACGACCUUCCUUCACCUAGCAAUGAACUCUUGAAUAACAACUUGUUUUCGAUGAGCGACACUAAAUCAGCACAAAAAGAAGAGGAGCUGGAUUUAAUUAGUUCGCCAUUAGAUAAAGAAAAAAUAUCAGUCACCGAAAAUAGUGUUGAUGAUGAACAAGUUAAUGGCAUGUCUAAUGAUGAACAACUUGCUGAUGAAACUAAAAUUUUUACUCAACAAGAGGUCAAAGACAAUGAAAAAGUACAGCCUGUUGAUCAAGUAUUGGAAAAAGAAGUUCAUCAAUCUGUUGGAGAAAACAAAAACGAAUCAUUUGUGCAAAAGGAGCCUAUUGAAGAACAAAAUGUAAUACAGCCCGAAAGUUCUGUAUCAAAAGCACCUAUUAAAGAAGUAACUCAGUCAGAACCUCAAUCUAAAAACACCGGUAAUAUCAGUUGGGCUGAUCUUAUGGACGCCAGUGAUGAUUCUGAAAAUUCAUUUAUUGAAGAUAAUUCACUUGUUGAAAAAGAAAAUGUUGAAUUUCAGACUGAAAAUUUAGUCAUCAAAGAUGAAGAGGGAGUUUGUAAGCCUGUUAAGGAGGAGGAGGAAGUUCACUGUCGGAUACUAAGACAAUUGAAAACAAUUCAAACAAUACCUAAUGACGCCUCCACUAGCUGGAGUCAUUUCGGUCAACAAGAGGAUGAUAAAUAUACUUGGGAUACUCAUGAAACAACUCACACUCGUGUUCGUGCUCGACCCAUAAUUGCUAAAGAAGUCUUGCAACGACUCAAAAAUAUGACUACAACUACAACAAAGAGUUGGGAAAAGAAGGUAUCCAAUAAGCCAAAAUCUGUUGAAAAUCAGCUUAAUACAGUUGACUUUAGUGAUACUGCUAAAAGCAUUUGGGCUACACCGUCUUAUCAAACCCGUAGAUACUCUAAUAGUCCACACAAGAGCCCAACGAUUCCUAACAAUGAUAAAGAUAAAGACAGGGAUUCGCAUGUCCACACUUUACAAAAUACUAAAAAAGAUAGUGAUAAUGGUUGGGACAUUAAGAACAAUAAUACUAAAUUAAACACAAAUGAAAGUAGUGAUUCGAAUGCUAAUAAUAAGAAUGAUGAAAAUUCAUGGACUUCUAAUGAUAAUUAUGUUUUUACAGUAGAAGCUAUUACGAAAGAAAACAAUACUGCAACAAUGAACGCAUGGAGCACUGCAGCAGAACAAUUUGAUAAAGAAGCUUCAGAGCUCGAAAAGAAGAUUUCUAUGAUGAAAGAAAAUAACAUUCCUUUAGUGACUGUCGAGCAACAAGCUACCGCCAUCGAUGCAUGGAAUUCUUCAGCAACUUCAUCUACUGUAGAAGAGCCUAAGAAGGAACAUGAUGAAAGUUGGGACCCAAAUGCUUGGCCAUCACCUCAGUCCCUGGCUGAUCAGUGGGAGGUGAUGGAUACUACUAAGAACAAACAGUCAAAUGUUGUAGAAGAUCAAAUGGGAAAAAACGAAGUUUCACAAAAUCAGUCUACUUGGGAUACAAACACUACUUCUUGGAAUAAUGAACAGACUACUUGGAAUACAAACACCACCUCUUGGAAUAGUGAGCAGCCUACAUGGGAUAAUCAACAAUUUUCUUGGGGAAAUGACAAACAAGAAACUCAAUGGGGCGCACAACAACAGGACUUUCCAACUACAAGUGAGAGCACAAGUUUGAAUGAUAUACUAAGUAGAGACAAUACUAUUGCUACGCAUAAACCUAAUACUAAAGGUAGUAGUAGUUGGAAGGAUAUAUUAUCUGUUACGGAGAACGAUAACAUUGCUGGAUGGAAUUCAUUUGCCAAGCAUAAUGAUGAGGCAGUGCAAUCAUUCAAGAAGAAUGAUAAACCAAAAGAGUCUAUGAUUCAGCAACAAGAAUCACAAUCACGACAAGUGGAGCCACUCUGGAAGCAAUCAAAUGCUAAUGUUCCUGGAUCUACUAAUAAUGAACAUCCAUCUGCGGCGAUUGAAAUGCCAACUAUUCGAUUAAGUGACUUUUUGACUACUAAAGAGCCUACUACUACUACUACUACUGCUGCUGCUACUGCUGCUCCAAUAACCAUUGAUAUGCCAGCUGUUCGCUUGGAGGAUAUUAUUUCUACUCCAAAUAACACAGUUGAUAUGCCAACCAUUCGCUUAAGCGACUUUACAAAUACUAAACUUCCCCCUACCGCUGAAAUUAAACUUAGCCUAGCUGAUCUUUCUAAGGAAGACCGUAGCCUUAUUUUGAGUUUAGCUGAUAAUUCACAACAAGAGAUUACUCUUCAUCUUAGUGAUUUCAUGAAGGCCAAUAAGAAUGAAAAGAAAUUUAAUUUUGUAUAUACUGGACCCUCUUUAGAUCGUGAAGCACCAAAGGAGAUCACAAUGAGUUUGAAUGAUUUGAUCUCCGGGCAUUUUUGAGAAAAAUUAAAAAAGAA